GUUUUUAUUGUGCUGUCAAGAGCCCUUCUCCUGGUCUCUCUGCUUCAUCUUUAUUCUCAAAGUGUGGAGGGUGAGCCUGUGGACAUUGAAACCGGCCAAAAUUACAAGAUUUUUUCAUCAGAAUUAUGAAAUAGGGCAGUAUGCAGUAGCCAUCAAUGUCCCAAAGACUCAGUGUGAGAAUGGUUUCAUACCAUCGACAUUCCCCGACUUCCUGAAAGAAGACAAAAACGUAAAUGUGAAAAAUAUCAUAAGUGCUGAUGAAAGACCAGUUUACGAAGGCAAAGAGCUCAUUGCUGCAGGAGUACAGAAGACACCAAACACUGCUCAUUCAGAGUUUCUACUGAUGAACCCUCCAGAUAAUUCACCCUUGACAAACUUGUUGAAUAAGAGAAAGGAUGGUUGUGUGGGUUUUCUACACCUUAAACUCUCCCUGUAUGAACACCUCUCAGUGGGAAGUACGAGAUUACAGGAGGGCUUGAUAAAUGAAAAGCAUACAAGGGGAAUUAAAGCUUUUGUUUUCAAAAACAUCUGGAAGCAGGAUCAAAACAGACAAGAUGAGCUGAGAGAGAAACUUAAGGUGAUUGCUAGUCGCAUUCCACUCUACCGCUGUAAAUCAAAUAAGUGUACCUAUGGCAAUGCAGGCGAAUUUAACAAAACCUGA